GAAUGAACAAUAGCAUGAAUGAAUAAAUAAGUCCUAAAAAUUGCCAUUUGUCUUUAAAAAAAAAUUUGCAGACGGAUCAGAGGCAUGACGCAGCGGCGGUAGUCCACCCUCCCAUGAAGCCCAACACCACAGCUUAAAAAAAUCCUAGGAGAAACCAUGUAUAUGCAGUGAAAAUUCACACAGGAGUUGCUGUCGACCACAACUCCCGGAAGUAACGCGCACUCGCACAACGUAGUCAACUCUAGUGUUUGCCCGCUUCCUGAUUUCCUAUUUUUUUGCAUGUUUGUCGCACAUAAAUGUUUCAGAUCAUCAAACAAAUGUAAAUAUUAGUCAAUGACAACACAGUCAAUGACAAAAAGCAGUUUUAAAAUUAAACUUGAUUAUUAAGGGAGGAAAAAACCUACUGUGUGAAAAAGUGAUUGCCCCCUAAAUAACUAAACAACUGGUUGGGCCACCCUUAGCAGCAAUAACUGCAAUUAAGCGUUUGUGAUAACUUGCAAUGAGUCUCCUAAAGCGCUGUGGAGGAAUUUUGGCCCCACUCAUCUUUGUAAACUUGUAAUUCAGCCACAUCGGAGGGUUUUCGAGCAGGAACUGCCUUUUUAAGGUCAUGCCACAGCAUCUCAAUAGGAUUCAGUUCAGGACUUUGACUCGGCCACUCCAAAGGGGUGGACUUCCUGGUGUGUUUUAGAGGAUUGCCUUGAUGCAGAACCCAAGUUGGUUUCAGCUUGAGGUCACAAACAUUCUCCUUGAAGAUUUUUUGGUAGACAGCAGAAUUCAUGGUUCCAUUUACUGAGACAAGUGAGUUCUUUGGAUGUUUUUGAAGGGUCUUUUGUGUCUUUUGUGACCUCUUGGAUGCGCUCUUGAGAUAAUUUUGGUUGGCCGGCCACUUCCUGGGAAGGUUCACCACUGUGCCAUGUUUUCUCCAUUUGUGGCCCUUCACACAGGGCCAUGCAGGUAUGAAUUUUUUGUCUUCCUUAAUAAUAAAAAGUUUCUAGAAAAUUCACAUUCCUCACUUUACGAAUCUAUCUUACUCAUCAACAAUUUUAGCACCUUCUCAGACUGCACCAUUAACUGGUCUAAAUCCACAUUAUUGCCCAUUAAUUUGGGUUUCCAGAGCACCUCCUCUAUACCACUGCAUUCAGAGAAUGCAGGGAUUGCUGGAGCGGGGUACACCCUGGACUGGUCGCCAGCCAAUCAUAUAGACAAACAACCAUUCACACUCACAUUCAUACCUAUGGACAAUUUUAGAGUCUCCAAUUAACCUAACAUGCAUGUUUUUGAAAUGUGGGAGGAAACCGGAGUACCCGGAGAAAACCCACAAGAACAUGCAAAUUCCACACAGAAAUGGCCAAGGGAGAAUCGAACCCGAUCUCCAGACUGUUACUGUGUUGGCCAACGUGCUAACCACUGGACCACCGUGCGGCCUUCCUCCAACCUGUCAGACCUGAAUUAUACUCCACCAUUGAAAUCAAUCAAAUGCGUUGGAGAACCUUUCCCAUCUCACUUAUUGGCAGAGUAUCCACCGUGAAAAUGAUGAUCUUACCAAGGGUUAAUUCUCUGUUUUCCAUGAUCCCCACCAAACACUCUAUAACAUGGUUCAAAUCAUUAGAUUCAUAUAUUAAUACAUUUCUUUAGGGAGAGACAUCCUUCUGCUGGUACGUAGCUUAGAAAAGGCCACUCUUAAAUUAGCAGAUUUAAGGAACCACCUCAGAUUUAAUCUUAGAUGCAGGCAGAGUAGGUUAAUCCCCAAAUGCAUGAGGCAAGCGUCCCUUGAGCAAGGACACUUGGCAAGAAAAAUGCAACAAAACUACAUCAGAAAAAUACAGAAUUUGAGAAUUAGGAGGCUUAACAUAGAGAUAAAAAAUAAACAGUCUGAAGUAGAAACCUUCUAUCAGAGAUUGCAAACCAAGCUUACGCACGAAACCUAUCAGGAGGUUUGUGAAUUUACCAAAUCAGGUUAUAUGAAGCACCAUAGCAAAACCAAAGAAAGGCAUAAGGGAAAAUUCCAGAAACUUCUAUUGGAAAAUCGACCACAGCUUGUCGUAAACACUAAGGAUGGGGGGAAUCAGACCAAUACUAAAGAAAAUUGGAUCAAAAAUCUGUCAGACAGAAGCCUCUCGGAGACAGAGAAGGCAGUAUUAACCAAGGGUCUCAACUUCUCAGUGACUCCUAAAACGAUACCCACAGUAGACUAUAUCACAGCAGCUGAAUCGGCCAUCAGGAACAAUAACCUUUCUAGAACAGAGGCAGGGGACCUUCGUCUGAGAAUAUCGGCCCUUCUCAGUAGUGCCAAACCACCACCGUCCAAUAUCACGUUAGGUGAGAGGAAAGCAUUAGCGGCUCUGCAGAAAGAUGAGAGCAUCACCAUCUUACCAGCUGAUAAGGGCAGAUGCACAGUGGUUCUCAACACAUUGGACUACGAAGAAAAAAUAACAAGUCUAAUUAGUGAUGCCAACACAUAUGAGCAACUUAAAAGGGACCCAUCCAGUAGGUAUAAGAAAGAAAUCAUACACUGUCUCCAAAAGUUAGAGAAGGAAGAACUAAUUGACAGACAGAUGUAUCAUAGGUUAUACCCUGGGGAGGCUACACCAUGUAUCUAUGGCCUUCCAAAAAUCCACAAGGAAGGGUUUCCCCUCAGACCCAUUGUCUGUAGCAUUGACUCUACCACGUACAAUGUAGCGAAAUAUGUAAAAACAGUCUUAUCCCCAUUGGUAGGCAACACUGAUCAUCAUAUAGAGAACACAAAAGGGUUUGUGGCGAGCAUCAAAGACCUCAGAUUGGAGCCAGAGGAAACUUUGGUGUCUUAUGAUGUGACUUCACUUUUCACAUCUGUCCCCACCUCAGCAGCAGUCUCGGUGGUGAGGAAGAGACUGCUCGAGGACUCAACUCUGCAUCGGAGAACAAAACUUAGUGCUGACCACAUCUGCCAAUUACUGGAAAUUUGCCUUAACACCACAUAUUUUCAGUUUAGAGGGAAAUUCUACAGACAAAUUCAUGGUUGUGCUAUGGGCUCACCAGUCUCACCCAUAGUGGCGAAUCUGUACAUGGAAGAGAUGGAGAAACAGGCUCUCACAUCCUUCUCAGGGACAAAACCAAGGCACUGGUUUAGAUACGUGGAUGACACCUUUGUCAUAAUCAAAAAACAAGAAAUUCAGUCUUUCACAGAUCACAUCAAUGCGGUGGACACCAAUAUCAAAUUUACUCGCGAGGACACUAAAGAAAACCAACUAGCCUUCUUAGACUGCAAGGUAAUUAUAGGAAAGGACAGACAGCUACUUACAGAGGUCUUUAGAAAGGCCACACACACUGACCAAUACCUGCUUUUUGAAUCAAACCAUCCACUACAACAUAAACUAGGGGUUAUUAGGACCCUCCAACAUAGAGCGGAACAAAUACCAACUAGUGCUGAGGGAAAGAAAAAGGAGACACAACAUGUCCAGAGAGCGCUCUCAACCUGUGGGUACCCACGGUGGGCUUUUAACAAAUGUCAAAAGAAGAGAGUAGGGAAAGAAACCCAAAAGCCCACAGAAGCAAAAAGGAGAGGAGUGGUAGUCCCUUAUGUAGCGGGGGUCUCCGAAAAACUCCAGAGGAUCUUAUGGCAACACAAAAUUCCUACCUAUUUCAAACCAGUAAAUACCCUGAGACAAAAAUUAGUGCAUCCUAAAGACAAGGCUCCAAACCAGAAACAGAGCAAUGUGGUCUAUUCCAUCCACUGUAAAGAUGAGGAAUGCAAAGAGCACUACAUUGGGGAAACUAAGCAAAUGCUCCAAAAAAGGCUUUAUCAACAUCGCAGGGACAAUGCUAGUGGUCCUAAAUCAGCAGUACAUCUACACCUGAAAGCUACCAAUCACUCUUUUCAGGACAGCGAGGUUAAGAUUUUGGCCAAAGAAAACAGAUGGUUUGAAAGAGGAGUUAAGGAAGCUAUUUUUGUCAAACAACAGAACCCAUCAUUGAAUCGGAAUGGUGGUUUGAGGUUUAAUUUGGACCCUGUGUUCAGCAGGUUACUGAGACCAAAACCCACAGCUCUUAGUCUUGCAAAUGAGGUGAAGGCAGGGCCGAGCCAGAACAAUAGAUGCUAACAAGCCAGUAUCAGAGUCGUUCAUACCCAAUUCAGGGAGCGACACUUCCCUUUUAUCGUAGGUGUGAAUAACAGGAUAGGAUUAUACCACUGCUCCGCCCAGGCUUAGUGUAACGAACCAAUAGGAGGAGGGUGUUGGCACACCAAUUCCGCCCACUCUUACUGUAUUUAAGGCCUAAGCUACCAGCACUUAUUAGUUUGCUGACGAAGCUCUUCGGAUGAGGAGCGAAACGUCCGACACCUUCUACACAGAAGUACAGAUGACGUCUCAAGAAGCCUUUUCCUCGAUUUCUUUAGAAAAACAAGCCAGCACAAAUAAGUCUCAGAACGUUACAAAAUGGAAUGUGGGGUCUUAGAACUCCCAAAUUUCUCCAACUGCUUCCUUGCAAACAGGCUACAGUAUAUCUUAAAAUGGAUCAAACCUAACCCAUUGGAUUAUUUAUGGGUAGACAUUGAACUUGGACCAAGAAAUCCCCAGUUUUAACUUGCCCUUCAAAUCCUAAAAUGGCUUUAGCUGCAGGGUCCCCUUGUUGGAGACUACACCACACACACACACACACACACAGUCACACACCCUCCCACUCAUCAAGGGCAGGUUUGUCAGCACAUUUUUUCCAAAAUUGCUGGGUGCGUAGGUAUUGAA